AGUUUGCAGGUACCUUUCUUUAACCCUCUUUUCUUGUUUGAACACAAAAAAUGUCAACCCAACUUCCUACUAUUGUCGUACUUAUUUCAGGCUCAGGAACGAACCUUCAAGCAUUAAUCAACGCCACCCAAGAAGGAAGCUUGAAGGGGAAUAUUAUUGCUGUUGUUUCAAAUAGAAAGAAUGCUUUCGGGUUGGAACGCGCAAAGAAGGCAGGUAUUCCUACAGAGACAUUUUCGCUCAAGCAAUUUAAGGACAAUGGAAAAACACGUGUCGAUUUUGAUAUCUACGUCGCAAAGACUAUCCAAGAAAAGUAUCAUCCCGAUCUAGUUAUUUUAGCUGGCUGGAUGCAUAUUUUAUCGCCUGAAUUCUUGUCAUUCUUUACUAACAAUGUCAUGAACCUUCAUCCGGCUUUACCUGGUCAAUUCGACGGUGCGCAUGCUAUAGACCGUGCCUUUGAAGCUUUUAAAAAGGGGGAAGUUAAAAAUACUGGUAUUAUGGUUCAUAAAGUCAUUGCCGAUGUUGACAGAGGUGAUGUCAUUCUUCAACGUGAAGUGCCUAUUUAUGAAACUGAUACACUUGAGGACCUCGAAAACCGCAUACACUCAUUUGAACAUCAACUCAUUGUUGAAGGCGCACAAGCUUUUUUAAACGAGUUGAAGAAAUAAAAUAAUAAAAGAGAAAAAUGUACAUACAGUAAAUUCAGACUGAAAAUGAAAAACCUAAAAAAGAAUGACCCACCAAAAAAAUCCGCUCUAUACCACUCUAAUAAAUUUAAUAUUAUUGCCCAAAGGAAUGG